GUAAAGCCCAGGCUUCGCGAUGCUUUUCAAGUGGUUCCCAUUUUGACUUUUGAAAAUCUGGCCACCUUCCUUGCAAAAGGCGAUUGAACAAAAGUGUCAAUUUGAUCCAUCCCUUUGCCCCCACUGCAGAAUUUUGUCCGAAUCUCCGGGAGUGGAACUAUUGCGCGGUGUGCGCAUGUGCAGUUCCACUUGCGGAGAAUGGGCGGACACCGAAUUCUAUUUGGUUGGCACGAGAGGAUUGCGCGCCUCCCCCCCGCGGUCCAGCGCUGCUAACGCGAGCCGGCACGCGGCUGCCUUUCAGACAAUGAGGUUCGUCAGCUCGCACAGCUCGCAUGACCCCGGCCGCCGGGCUCUCAUGCUUCGCCUGUAUCUGGUGGGAUUCCUGGACUUGUUUGGCGUGAGUAUGGUAGUUCCUUUAUUAAGUCGACACAUCAAGCUUCUUGGAGGAAGCUCAACAGUAGCAGGACUAGUAGGUUCUGUGUAUGGAUUGCUGCAACUAUUUUCCAGUACAGUAAUUGGUUCCUGGAGUGAUGUUGUUGGAAGACGAAACACAUUACUGAUCACUUUGAUACUUAGUGGAUUUAGCUACAGUCUACUAGGCAUCUCUGGUAGCAUCCCUUUGCUAAUACUGGCUAGGAUUCCCACAGGUAUCUUCAAACAUACUCAAUCUAUUUUGAAAGCUCUUCUGUCAGACCUGAUUCCUGAGCAUGAACGUCCCCAGGUGAUGGGAAGGCUUAGUGCAGCUUCUAGUGUGGGAUUCAUCCUGGGCCCUGUACUUAGUGGAUAUCUUGUUGAGCUGGAUGGAGGUUACCACACAGCUUCCUUUAUGUGCAGUUUAAUUUUCCUUGUGAAUGCAGGUGUUGCCUGGAGAUUGCCUCACAAAGAGUGGUUGUAUAUUCCAACAAAAAAACUGCACUUAACAACAGAGAUGAAUUGUGAGACCAAAUACACUACUUUAUGGAAAGAAAAAAUUAGGAAUAGCACCACUGACCCAGCGGUUACAGCAACCAAUGGAAUGGCAAGGCACAAAACAUUAAAUUCUGUCUGGAGUCAGUGCUUGUCAGUGAGAGAAAAUAUAAAAGUACUGAUUCAUUCUAAUCUGUGGGAUGUCUUCCUGGUAAGGUUUCUGAUGGCCUUAGCUAGUCUCCUGUAUUACAGCAAUUUUGUUCUUGCCGUUGAAGAAAGAUUUAAGGUGACACCCAGACUAAUAGGAUAUCUCAUCAGUUACAGUGGAGUAAUUGGAGUUCUAUCAAGUUUUAUAGCUGGCCCUGUAACCAGACUUUAUAAUAACAAAAUGAUCUUACUGCUGUUACAUUCGAGCAUCCUCACGUGCUGCAUGAUGGCAAUGUACUCUGUUGCAACAUCCAUACAGGUAGUUGUAUUGUGCUCAACUGUUUUGAGGUUUUCAACCACUAUUGGUCGCAUGUGCAUCAUUGACAUGGGACUGAGCCAAGGUGGGGGGCAAGCCAGAGGUACGUUGAUAGGAGCUGGUCAGUCAGUGACUGCUGUUGCACGUUUACUUGCCCCCUUGCUUUCUGGGAUUGUUCAGGAAUUCAGCGUGUGCGGUCCACCGAGACUUGGAGCAGCCAUAGCUUUAAUGGCCAUCUUCCUUAUGACGUCUAUGCAUUCAAAACUGAAUAAAACCACAGAGGCUAAAGUCAAGUUGCAUUAAGAGAUUGCAGAAAGCAUUGCUAAGUGUUGUGACCUUUUUGAAAAAGAAUAUGGGCAAAGGUGUAAUAAUGUGUCAUUAAUAUCUAAUGCCAGUUGCUGUAUAUAUUCUUUAUUUCUCCCUACGCUUCUCUUUGUUGGACUACAGUUUUGUGGGUGCUGAUUCCCCUCUCAUACCUGCAAUGUCAGAGUCUUAACAAUGAGUGUGCACCCAUGAUGGAAACCGCAGCUCAUCCCAACCCUGGCCUCAACUGCCAUCCACACAUUUGCGUUUCCCCCCACCAUCCCGAUGGAAAAAGAUCAGAAAUGGGAAUGCUUGCUGAUUUUCCCUCCUUAAGCUGCAAGUUCUGAGGCUAGUUUUAAUAUCUUAACCAUUGCCUUGAUUAAUCAGAAAACUUAGCAGAGACCUGGGAUACAAACUGUCAAUUUCAUGGCAAUUAAGGCUAAGUUGCUCGCCAUAUAAAUUUCCUCAGCCACUGUGGUUCAUGAUUUAAAUGUGCCAUCAACAAGAAUGUUGUGCAAUGACUAGUUCCAGGAAACAUAGUAUGUAUGUAAUAAAAAGAAAGAAGAUUUCAGCCUCAAGAUUAAAAUUUAACGCCAACAUCAGAUGAAGUAACCCAAAAUUUGCUGCAUCUUGUGAAGCACAAAAUAGAUCUCAGGAAUUUGAAAUUUAGUCUGCGCUGACUUUCCUAGCCUUAGCCAAGACAGUAGUUGGAAUGGUAUAGAGACAGGGAAUUUAAAAUCAUAUUUCCUGUUCUAGAUCAUGCUCCAGUCACUUCUGUUUGCCACUAAUUGCAUGUGGAUGACAGAUAAAGACAUUCAAAGAGCCUGCUGACAGUCGGCAUCUAGAUUCGCAGAUUAAGAACAUGCAUGUGAGGAAGGUACUUGAGAUCACCCACUGCCUGCAAAACUGUAACCCAUAAGAGUCAUUCACUGAAGACAGAAAUUUGCACAAUGCAUAUUUAUUUAUUAUCCUAUGAUAGAAAUUUUAUGUAUAGUAUGUCUUCCUACACUUAUAAAAUGGUCAUACCAUCCUAUUUCUGUCACAACUGUGAGAUUGUUUUAAGUUGUGACAUAUGUAUGAGAGAUAUACUUAUUGUGCUUACAUUACAGUCUUUCUAAACUAAGCUAAGAACAAACUUGCAUUUAUAUGAUAUCACAUCAAAAAGCACUUGUCAACCACUGGAUUAGUCUUUCUGUGAAGUGCAGUCACUGUUGUAUAGAUAAACAAGGUGGCUCUUUGGCAGUAUAUUCCAAGCCUUGCUCUAUCUUGCCCAUUCUCCAAUGUAAACAUUUGCCUGUUCUUGAUUUCCUAACCUGCUACCUCUUCAACCACAUGGGAUCUCAGUUAGCUGUCUUCAUCUGUACCCAUUCUGGCCUUGCCAUUGCAUGUUCCCCAACCCUGCCAUAUUAGGCCUAAGACAUUGCUUCCCAGCCACCUACCCCCUCACCCUCACCUUUCCUGAGAUAUCAAUGCUGUGCCUACUCUCACUGAAACUACUCAUUCCAACUAGCUUUUACCACUCACUCUCUUCCACCCUGCAAAGCCCUGAAAAAACCCAAAUGGUAAGUUUUUGUCAGCAGCUCUUCACCUCUUUCUUUCCCUGUCCUGUCAUGCCCAGUAACUUUCUCCCCAGUGGUCCCACAACUUACUACCUUACACAGUCCAGCCAAACCUUCUGUGCCUAACAACCCUCUCCUUUCUGCACCCAUAUUCUCAUCACAUAAUAUCCUGCCUUCACCCCUUACUCUCCCAGAUAACUACACCCUGCUCAAUGCUUCUAUACUGACUGUGUUUCUGACUCCUGUCUCUUGUCUCUGUAAAUUAUCUCAUCCCUUUCUUUCCCCUCACCCAUUGUAUCAUCCAUCAGAUCCCUCUAAUUAAUGAUCAGGUAAUGUGACAUUUGUCCUGGCCAAUAUUUAUCCCUCAAUCAACAUCACAAAAUCAGAUUUUCUGGUCAUUAUCACCCUGCUGUUUAUGGGAGUUUGCUGUGUGCAAAUUGGCUGCUGUAUUUUCCUAAAUUGGAGGGCCAGUUGGUUCAGUUGUGAAGACAGCUAGAACAUGGAUCAAUUUAGCACCCACAGCACAAGUUUCAAUCCCUAUUCCAGCUGCGAUAGAUUUAGGGCCAGCCUUCCUCCUCCUACCCACAGUGAAAAGCAUGGUAUUUUGCUGUGGUUCGACAAAUAAUCGCCAAGAACCUGCCUAUAGGGAGAGAACUGAAGAAGAUUUCCUACAUUACACAAUAGUGACUAUACUUCAAAAGUAAUUCAUAGCCUGUGAAGCGCUUUUUGAAAUGUCUAGUGCUUGUGAAAAACACUGUAUAAAUACAAAUCUUUUUAUAUUCAUCACGUCUCUAACAAAUUGACAAACAAAUCUAUUAAUAAGAAUAGAAAAGUAGAUUUUUUUUAAAAAAGAUGUGAAACUUCUAAAUGUUGAUGAUCAAAGAGACUUGGGUGUACUUGCACAAGGAACACAGGAGGUUAGCACGCAGGUACAAAAACAAUUGGGAAAGCAUGUGGCAUCUUGGCCUUUAUGGCAAGGGACUGGAGUACGAAAAUAAGGAAGUCUUGCUACAAGUAUACAGGGCUUUGGUGAGACCACACCUGGAGUACUAUGUGUAGUUUUGGUCUUCAGAUUUAAGGGAGGAAAUACUUGACUUGGAAGCAGUACAGCAAAGGUUCACUUCAUUGGUCUCUGAGGUGAAAUAGUUGACCUCUAAUGAGAGGCUGAGUAAAUUGGGCCAAUACUUCUGAGUUCAAAAGAAUGAGAGUUGAUCUCAUUGAAACAUACAAGAUUCUGAAGGGGCUUGACAGGGUAGAUAGUGAGAGCUUGUUUCCCUUAUAUGGGGAAUCUAGAACAUGGACACAAAUUCAAAAUAAGAAGGUCGAUCAUUUAGGACUGAGAUGGAGAAAUUUUUCACUCAGGGUUGUGAAUCUUUGGAAUUAUCCAUCCCAGAAGGUUGUGAAUGCUUCAUUAUUCGAUAUAUUCAAGGCUGAGAUAGAAAGAUUUUUGAUCUCUCAGCAAGUCAAGGCAUAUGGGUAGUGGGCGGGAAACUGAAGUUGAGGCAGAUAAUCAGCCAUCUUAUUGAAUGGUAGAAUGGUCUCAUUGGGGCCAUUUUGUCUACUCCUGCUCCAAUGUCAUACUUACUUAUAUAAAUUUUCAAUAGCAGAAACGUUAUAGAAUUAUUUAACUUGGGGGGAAAAAUGCAUUUAUUGUCACUUCACUGUUUUCCCAGAAAUACUUGAUUGAUGGCAGGUUUUAGCUUAGCUAUGUGUAUAUCUUUGUAUGGGUCAUAUUGCUCAAUAUUUCUGUGCCAGAACUGUAUGAGUUUACAAAAAUAAUUUGGAAGGUACUAGUAAUUUGAAUUCAGUUUGACAAUAUUAUACAGAAGGUUCUGUGAUAAUGUUUUUUAAAUGUUAAAUGUUUACACAAAACAUUUUAAGACUAUUUUGAAACCUAUGUAAAUUACUGAUCUGUGCAGGGGGGCUAAUAAAGUGGCUAUCCUAAUAAACUUAUUUUGUUUUCAGGA